GUGAAAGAGGAUCCGGCUGGACCAGGACAAGCAGCCUUGACCUCCCACACGAACGACUGGCACCUGGCGAAUCCCGAAAAGGAAUCCAUCACCGUUGUGCUCCACAGUGCCUCCAACCUGCCCUCGACGCGGAAGGGAAAUGUCCCUCACCCGUAUGUCAUUGUCAAAACAAAAGAAGAAGAAGACAGCAAGCAGUCAGCUCAGGCAGUGACCCACGUCUCUGCACAACCCACGUACGCUCCAACCUGGGAGGAAAGAGUGACCGUGGAAAUUGACUCCAUCAAGGCAGGAGAAGAAGAUGUGUCUCUCACUGUAGCUGACAAGGACACCAAAGAAAUUCUUGCGAAAUACAACAUCCCUGUGAAAUACCUCCGUCCUUUCCAUCAUUAUCACUGCGCCUUGGUACUGCCUCGGAAGAAGGACCAAACAGGAACCAAGUUAUACGCAUCGAUCCUUCGCAAACGUAGCCUCAUCCCACGCUACGCUGGAGUGAACUACACAGGGCUUGAGGUUUUUCUUAAAGGGAUCAAUGAACCUCUUGCGCAGCCUGGUGGCAAAGUGAAAGCCGUUGCUAGAAUAGUGAACAACAUUGGGGCUUACACACGGGAGAUGCAAACCCGGUUACCUGAUGCUCCAGCAGUUCCUUUGACCGUGGUGAAUUUCCCAGAUCCUAUAAUGGAGGAUUUUGACGUCCCUCGAGUCAACAACCAUGGAUAUCCACAGGUGACGCCAUUCAGGGGACCUCCUGAACAACCCACGUGGAAUACUUCCUUCCUAUUUCAAGGAAGGGAUGGCGCUACUGCUUUUUCGGAUGAUACGGCCUUGCUAAUUGAAUAUUAUAAAUCAACCUCAGGAGAAGAUCUGGAAGGCAAGUCAACGUUUUUAGGCUACUCCGUGUUGCCACUGACCAAUCGAGUUUACCGAAAGCUUGUGGCGGACAGUAGCCGAAGUGGAAUCAGGGUAGAAAAUCUACCCAUCCAGGAUACCCCUAUGAAAACCACGUCUGGUGGAUUCCCUACUGUCCAACUUGGUCUUCAGUUGAUCAACUCAGAGAGGCCAGAUACCUUUCUGACUUCAUCAACCACAAAUGGCCUUCCCAUUUUGGAUCCAGAGUUGGUGGGAGAGCUGGGGACCAUCAAGGAACCCUGGACAAGACCAACUUCCAAAAAUGAACAGAAGACCAGUUCAGCUAGAGAUAGCCUGGAGAAAUUCCUCCCUGACCUCAUUCUGAGGAGGAACCUGGCUGGUAGGAUCCAAGGCUUUCAGUGCAAUGACGAGUAUUUGAUUGCGAACUCAUUUAGUCCAUUCCUGGCUAUUACGGCUACAUUAUCUCAAGACCUGAGGGCCACUUCCGACUCAUAA